AUGAACACUACCAAGAAAACGUUGCUGUGUGCCUUUAUCGUCGGGUCGCUGGUUACGCUCGGUCGCGUGGCAAGUGAGUCCACGCCAGUACAACCGAGUAUUCAUCCGGAGCUGGCGCGCCACACCCUGCACUUUGAAAAGAAGAUCUACAAGGUCGCAGACAACGUCUACAGCGCGGUGGGGUGGAACAUCGCCAAUAUUGUGAUGAUUGUUGGUGAUGACGGCAUUGUUUUGGUCGAUGCUGGGCUAAGCCCGGUAACCAGCAAAGAGGUCUUGCGGGAGUUUCGCAAGAUCACCGACAAGCCCAUUCGCGCGGUGAUCUACAGUCACUUUCACCAUGACCAUCUCGAUGGGAUCAAAGGGCUGGUAACUGCCGAGCAAGUCGCAACUGGUGAAGUAGCGAUCUACGCGCACGCCUCUUUGAUGCAAAACCUGGUGGACGAGAGCGACAUACUGGGGCCGAUACUGGGUGUUCGGGCUGGCUAUUCCUUCGGGUUUUUUCUCAGCGGACCAGACGUGGUAGACAUGAACGCCGGAAUCGGCCCGUUGCCUACGGGCGGUCGGCCUGGUUCUUUCAUAGCACCGACCCACGUCAUCGACGCACAGCUGAAAACGACGCUCGCUGGUGUCGACUUGGAGAUUUUCCACCUGCCCAGUGAGGCGCCGGAUGAACUGGCAGUGUAUCUGCCGAAAAACAAUGUCUUGAUCGAUACAGAAGUCCUGCAGGGCCCGACGUUUCCAAAUUUGCACACCCUGCGUGGGACCAAGUUUCGCGAUCCGGUACGCUGGGUGAAAAGCAUCGACAAGCUGCGAGCACUGAAGGCGGAUUAUCUGGUUCCGACCCAUGGCCAGCCGGUCCAUGGUGCCGAAAAAGUAGAAGAAGUUCUGCGCAUGACCAGAGAUGGGAUCCAAUACGUACACGAUCAGACUAUUCGUCACAUGAACAAAGGGCUGACCCCUGACGAGUUAGUGCAUGCGGUGCGUUUGCCGGCGCAUCUGGCUUCCUAUGCGCCGUACCUCAGGCAAUAUUAUGGCACCGUCAAGCAGGCAGUCCGGCAAAUUUACGUUGGGUACCUGGGCUGGUUCGAGGGUGACCCGGUCGAUUUGGACCCGAUUCCGGCUAAGCACAAGGCCCAGCGUUUGGUGGCGCUUAUGGGGGGCCGAGACAAGGUCUUGACGGCAGCGCAACAAUCUUACGCCAACGACGACUACCAGUGGGCGGCUGAACUGGCUACCUACCUGCUUACAAUCACCCCGGCCGACGCCGAUGCCCGAGAGAUCAAGGCCAACGGGUUUCGCCAGCUUGGCUAUGCCAGCAUGAACAUCAACUGGCGCAACUGGUACUUGACGUCAGCCAAAGAGCUGGAAGGGGCGUUGGAUGCGUCAAUGGACGCGAAAAAAAUGGCCAGUAUCUUUAUGCCACCCGAUAUAGUGACCGAGCUCCCCGUUUCGGUAAGUAUCAAUAGUUGGACCAGUCGACUCAAGUCGGAGCGGACACUGUCCACUACCACCUCGCUUGGCUUCGUAUUUCCAGACCUGCAGCAGCGCUAUUCGUUGAGUAUUCGGCGUGGUGUGUGUCAGUUUGACGAAACGCUGCUUGACGAAAAUGACAUGGUGCUGACUCUGACUAAGCCGGUUUACGAUCGCAUCGUGCUGGGUUCGAUCAAUUUCGAACAAGCCCUGAAAGCGGGCGAAGCAACCCUCGAGGGCGAGUUACCCCAACUGAAACAAUUUUUGGAUUACUUCGAAACCCCAGGUAGUACUCCGAUUGCGCUGACACUUCGACCCGGCGAAGUCUCGCCCUAG